GCGCGAGGGUCCUCGGGUCGAUCCCCGUUCAGCUCCGGCGGCAAGGCGAGGCUCGAGAGGGGCUCCCGGGUCGCCCUGCCACGGACUCUGGCUUCCCGUUCCCGGAAGCCUCCGAGGGAGGCGUCUCCGGCCCCGAAGAGGCAAAGCUCCCCGGCCGGGGAGAAACUUCCGGGGUUGCUAAGUAACGGGCACCCGCUUCCUGCUUGGCGAGGGUCGGCCUUCCGCGCCGCUGCUGCCUUUGGUGCCCCCGGGAGACGGGAGGGUCGCCUCUGGCCAUGACGGCUGCCGGGUCGCGCGGAUGGAUCCUGGCGCUGCUGGUGGCCCAGGUCUAUAGCGAGUUCGGCGUGGUGCGCGUCUUCCCGGAGAAGGGCGGCGGCGGCGGCGGCGGGAAGGACUACUGCAUCCUCUUCAACUCGCAGUGGGCCCACCUGCCGCACGACCUGGCCAAGGCGUCCCUGCUGGCGCUGCAGGAUCAGACGAUGUCGGUCUUGUGCGCGGCCUCCGAGGUGCCCGAGGGAGGCUUCGGCAACGCGGUGCCCAUGGUGAUGCGGGGCAACUGCACCUUCUACGAGAAGGUUCGUCUGGCGCAGGUGAACGGCGCCAGGGGGCUGCUCAUCGUCAGCAAGGAGAGGCUGGUGCCCCCCGCUGGUAACCGGAGUCAGUAUGAGGAAAUUGAUAUCCCAGUGGCCCUGCUCAGCUAUGCAGAUAUGCUGGACAUAGGACAGAGCUUUGGUCACUCAGCCAAGGUGGCCAUGUACGCACCCGGUGAGCCCGUUCUAGACUACAACAUGGUGAUCAUCUUUGUCAUGGCAGUGGGCACGGUGGCCGUGGGCGGAUACUGGGCUGGGAGCAGAGAUGUGAAAAAACGCUACAUGAAACACAAGCGGGAUGACGGGGCUGAGAAGCAAGAAGAUGAGACAGUGGACGUCACUCCGGUCAUGAUUGGCGUCUUUGUGGUCAUGUGUUGCUCUAUGCUAGUCCUCCUGUAUUAUUUCUACGACCAACUAGUGUACGCCAUCAUUGGGAUUUUCUGCCUCGCCGCUUCCAUCGGUCUCUACAGUUGCCUUUCCCCGUUUGUCCGAAGGUUCCCCCUUGGGAAGUGCCGCGUUCCAAGUAACAACUGGCCUUAUUUCCACAAACGGCCCCAAAUCCGGAUGCUGCUCCUUGCCGCCUUCUGCGUUGCUGUUAGCCUGGUCUGGGGUCUCUUCCGAAAUGAAGACCAGUGGGCCUGGAUCCUCCAAGACACUCUGGGGAUCGCCUUCUGCCUCUACAUGCUGAAAACCAUCCGAUUGCCAACGUUCAAGGGCUGCACUUUGCUCCUUCUGGUCCUCUUCGUGUAUGAUGUCUUUUUCGUCUUCAUCACUCCAUACCUAACCAAGACAGGGGAGAGCAUCAUGGUGGAAGUGGCUGCUGGACCGACUGACUCGUCCACUCGUGAAAAGCUCCCCAUGGUGCUCAAGGUCCCCCGGCUCAACUUCUCCCCACUGGCCCUCUGCGACAGGCCCUUCUCUCUCCUGGGAUUUGGGGACAUCUUGGUACCAGGUCUGCUUGUGGCCUAUUGCCACAGGUUUGAUAUUCAAGUCCAGUCGUCCAGAGUGUACUUCGUAGCUUGCACCAUAGGUUACGGCAUCGGCCUCCUGGCAACCUUUGCAGCCCUGGCCUGGAUGCGGAAGGGCCAGCCGGCACUCCUCUACCUGGUGCCCUGCACGCUCCUCACCAGCCUCCUCGUGGCCCUGUGGCGCCGGGAGCUGGCCACAUUCUGGACGGGCAGCGGCUUUGCGAAAGAGCUACCUCAUCCUCCCUUAGUCGUCUCCCCCGUCAGCUGCCCUGUUCCCCCAAAAGCAUCCCAUCCAGAGGCCGACGGAGAAGCAGCUGCUUCCACUGCCCCCCCCAGGGAGCCCGCCAACACCCCCGUGGACCCGGAGGAGGAGGAGGAGGAGCCACCACGUGCCCCUUUCCUGGAGGUGGAGCAAGAGGCGAAGGAAGAGGAGACGGACGCUGCUGAGCCCCAGCCCGACCAGCUGCCGGCCCAGCGGCCAUGGGGAGAGUCACCCGAUGACCCUCUGAAGGACAAGACUCCGGAACAGAUGAGCCCCCCAGCCGAGCAUAGUCACUCUGGCUAGAUUCCCUCCCCCCCCUUUCUCCCCCCCUCCCUCUCCCAGUGCAGCUGAGGACUGGUUUGGUCCCCUGUGGAUUUCGCUCAGAGGGACAGUGUCAAUUCUUGGGCCAUUAGGAGACUCCCAGAUUGGACCUCAGAGGGGCAGCCAUCUGCGUUUCAUACCAAAUCCCCUUCCUUUUUGAAUAUGGUGCUUUUACGAAGGUUCAAAUAGAAUUUCAGCAAUUAUUUAAAAGACAAAUCAGCAAGCAGAUGCCUGUCCUUUCCCCAUUUUAGUCUGCUGGUUAGUAUUAAUAUCUUUUUUUAAAAAAACAAAACAAAACUAGGCAGUAUUUGCACUUGUGUGGCCAUGAUAAUAGCUUUAGCAUAAGUAGAGCUGUUUGAGAAGAAGCUCUUCUCCAAUGGUUUCCUCUUUUUAAAACUCAUCUCUCCAUGGAAGGCGCUGCAGGGCUGGUUGUCCUUCCCAGGGGCCACCUACUCACUCUGUCCUCAAGGAACGAGCCGGUCUCAAAAAGAAUGUGUCCACUCUGUCUCCGCAGGCUUUUAGUUCUGUCUGUCUCUUCUGGGAUCUUGUGUGCUGGAAGGAAGGGCUGUUGGGGCCUGCAGACUAACACCCUGGGGCACGGCACCCCAAAUUGCUGGCCCCUUAAGCUCAGGAGGAACUUUCCUUUCCCAACUCUCAGGGCUGUCACUUCAGACCAUCAAGGCCACGCCCGCAGCUCUUCAUGGAAAUAGCUGCCUCUGCCUGUGGCCAGCCUGUGGCUGCCUCGAGGCCACUUCCAGGGAACAAGGCCAUGUUAGAGGCAACAAGUCUUCCUGCAAAGUGACUGCCGGAGCCCUGCUUAGGUGCUGCAACCCUGGGUUUUAGUCUCCUGAAUUCCUGGAGGUGGAGGCAGCGGGCUAGGGUUAAUGUGUCCCUUCUCUCCUGGCCCAGCUGGGACUCAAGGAGAAGGUUCCCAACAGGCGGUUUGGGAAAGGAAGUGGCUGCGGCUUCCCUGGCCCUCCUGUGGGGCAGGGGUGCCCAUUGAGGCAGCAGAGGGCUGGCAGGUGGAGGGACCAGCAGCCUUCCAGGGACAAUAGUCUUAACUUGGGGAGUGUUGGGUCCCCCUUCAACUUCUCCUCCCUGGGCCAGAGGACUUCUGUGUUGUCUUUGUGUUUCAGUGUAGUGUGUUUGCAUUCUUAAUUUUAUUUUAUUUUAUUUUGUUCUCUGGAUUGUAAGAUGUAGCUUUACAAGCCUGCAUAUUAAAGGUUUACUGGCUUCUGCUGA